AUGCCCAGCUGGACCUGCUUAGAGCUGGGGAACUCAGGAAGACAAGGAACUGUUGGGGCCGAGGGCCAUAAGAUUGAGCCUCCCCUGGAGCUGGUCCAGAAUACCACCAGAGAGAAGUCUCCCCAACAAGAAGCCCAAGGAACCAGAGACACAGAAGUGGCUCCCCAGAGCUCCAAGGGCCACGCCAGAGUGGAGGUUGGGGGUGCCCAACCCAUUCCCAAGUCUCGUGCCCCACAGUGGGCAUCUACCUACAGCUAUGGCCUUGUCUCCCCAGGUCUUGGGACCUGGGGUCCUGCUGGAGCUCUUCGUUGGAGGGUGUCACCCCGGUUGUGGGGCCCGGAAACCCCUGAGGUCACAGAGCCCAGCCGCCUGGUGGGGCAGAGCUCCGGGGGCGAGGUCCGGAAGCAGCAGUUGGACACCAGGGUCCGCCAGGAGCCACCGGGUGGCCCACCUGUCCACCUGGCCCAGGUGAGUUUCGUCAUCCCAGCCUUCGACUCCAACUUCACCCUGGACCUGGAGCUGAACCAUCACCUUCUCUCCUCCAAAUACGUGGAGCGCCAUUUCAGCCGGGAGGGGACAACCCAGCAUAGCACCGGGGCUGGAGACCACUGCUAUUACCAGGGGAAGCUCCGAGGGAACCCCCAUUCCUUUGCUGCUCUUUCCACCUGCCAGGGGCUGCAUGGGGUCUUCUCUGAUGGGAACUUCACCUACAUCGUGGAGCCCAGAGAGAUGGCGGGGCCUCAGGAAGCCCCUCAGGGACCACAUCCCCACCUCAUUUACCGGACCCCUCUCCUCCCAGCCCCCAUUGGAUGCAGGGAACCAGACUGCCUGUUCGCUGCCCCUGCCCAUUCUGCUCCUCCGAACCGGCCGAGGCUGAGAAGGAAAAGGCAGGUCCGCCGGGGCCACCCUACGGUGCACAGUGAGACCAAGUAUGUGGAGCUGAUCGUGAUCAAUGACCAUCAGCUGUAUGAGCAGAUGCGUCAGUCGGUGGUCCUCACCAGCAACUUUGCCAAGUCCGUGGUGAACCUGGCAGAUGUGAUGUAUAAGGAACAGCUCAAUACCCGGAUAGUGCUGGUUGCCAUGGAAACGUGGGCAGAUGGGGACAAGAUCCAAGUGCAGGAUGACCUGCUGGAGACCCUGGCCCGGCUCAUGGUCUAUCGGCGGGAGGGCCUCCCUGAGCCCAGUGACGCCACCCACCUCUUCUCGGGCAGGACUUUCCAGAGCACCAGUAGUGGGGCUGCCUACGUGGGAGGCAUCUGCUCUUUGUCCAGGGGUGGAGGUGUGAAUGAGUAUGACAACAUGGGGGCCAUGGCCGUGACCCUGGCCCAGACGCUGGGGCAGAACCUGGGCAUGAUGUGGAAUAAACACCGGAGCUCAGCAGGGGACUGCAAGUGUCCGGACAACUGGCUGGGCUGCAUCAUGGAGGACACUGGGUUCUACCUGCCCCGCAAGUUCUCGCGCUGCAGCAUCGAUGAGUACAACCAGUUUCUGCAGGAGGGCGGCGGGAGCUGCCUCUUCAACAAGCCCCUCAAGCUGCUGGACCCCCCUGAGUGCGGAAACGGCUUCGUGGAGGCAGGGGAGGAAUGUGACUGCGGCUCUGUUCAGGAGUGCAACCGAGCGGGCGGGAACUGUUGCAAGAAAUGCACCCUGACUCACGACGCCAUGUGCAGCGACGGGCUCUGCUUCCUGGCCUUCGGCCACCUGAACCCCUGCCCACUUGGCAGCCUACAGGCUUCCUGA